AUGGCAAUUUCCCUCUCCCUCUCUCUCCUCCUCUUGGCCGCUCUCGCCGCCGCCACCGCCGCCGCCACCCUCCACCUCACCGCCCUCUCCCCAUCCCAACCCCCCUCCCCACCGCCCACCACCACCGCCGCCGCCGCCGCAAAUCCCCCAUCGCCGCCGCCAGCUCCGGCGCCGGAGAACCAAGACGGCCACCUGAAAAACAUCCUCGACGCGCUCGUGGGGACGGGCGACUACGGCGGGUGGGCCAGCCUCCUCUCCUCCGCCAACCCCGCCUCCCUCCCCAUCACGGCCACCCUCUUCGUCCCCUCCAACGCCGCCAUCUCGGGCCUCCUCGCCUCCUCCCCGGCCCGCCUCGACCCCCUCCUCGUCCCGUACCACAUCGUCCCCCAGCGCCUCACCUUCUCCGACCUCCAGGACCUCCCCAGCCAGACCCGCCUCCCCACCCUCCUCCCCUCCAAUUUCAUCGUCGUCACCGACAAUUCUCCGGCGACUCUCGCCGUCGACGGAUCGGAGAUUACUCAGGGGGAUAUCUUCCUCAACCCGGCCUUCGCGGUGCACGGGGUGGAUAGGGUGCUCAAUUACUCGGUCUUCGGUGGAGGGGGCUCGGGCCCCCUCCAGCCCGAGGGCGAGGGUGCGAGUCUCUUUAGGAGGAAGCGGCUGAGGCCGCUGGGAGUGCCGCCGGCUGCUGCCGCGGUAGGGUCCGGCGCCGGCGCGGGGAGAUCUUGCGGUGGGAUUCAUUUUCUUGUUUUUUGUGUGUUGUUUCUUUGA